ACAAUUAUUAUAAUAGAUUUUUAAGUAAGACAAAAAUGUGGCCAAAGAGUCCGCGUAUACGUAGAUAUGAAAAGAGCGAAGAUUCGCCGCGUUCCAAGAAGAAUUCGCCACGUGCUCCCUAUAGCAAGGCUUUGAUUAAUUCGCAGUUCAAAAAACGACGCUCUCAGGGUUAUGGACAGCGAAUGCAAAAGAUGCAUAGCAUUGAGAGUAAGGAAUUGCUGACAAAAUUACCCAAGGCGGUAUUUCUGACGCCUUCCUCUUCGGAUCACUCGCUGAGCACCAGUUUGUCCAGCUCUGGCGAAUCUGUUCGCAUGGUGCAGCCCAAGUUAGAGAAGCCGAAAGAGGCCUCAUCUGCUCCAACUCUGCUCCCUCCAUACUUGACUCUGAAGCGUCAGACGACAGCGGCAAUAUUGAACUUUCGGGCACGCAAAUCUGUUUCGCAAAUGGACUUUAAGGAGGCCCGACGCACUGGGAACUAUCAGUUGGUGGCCCAUGUGGCCAACUCUAAUGCGCUGGUGCCAUCUGCCAAGCAGGAGAGCCAACUAACCAUCAAGGACGAGAAUCUCGCCCAGCUGCUGCUCCAGGAUGCAGCGCAACUUUGCAGUGCUCGUCAGAGCAAUGUGCGCUUUGUGGUCAACGGAGAUCAGGAUGUGCGUAUUGCCAGUCUGCGUGUCUUUAACACGAUCAUGUUACGCUCCUGGCGACGUCGCCGUGAGGAAGUUCGUAAUCUUAGCGAGCAGGUGGAGGAAUUCAAGCGUAGUUUCGUGAAGAAUCGCAAUCAGCUGCAUGUCUACAACACGCUCUUCGCAGUUGAAAAGCGACGCAAUGAUACCCUCAAUGAUCAGCUGAAGCAAUCCUACAUGGACAGUGCCAAGACCAAGUUAUCAUAUAAUGAACUCAACAUAUUGCUGGAGCAAAUCAACAAGGAGAAAAUCCAAUUGGUGCAGGAGAACGUCGAAAAGCAACAGGAAAUUGAUAAUCUACAGGAACUGCUGACGAUCACCAAGCGGGAACUCUUCCAGGCCAACACUCUGCAGCGAGAGCAGCUGGAGCAGUUGACGCGGGUUCAGCUCGAGUGUCAGGAUGCCAAGUUUGAUAUUGAGGACCUCACUGGGCAGCUACAAUCUCUUAAAGCUGAACUUUCAGAGAAGCAAGAAUAUGUUGAGAGACUUCGAGAAAACAUUGCUCACAUUGCAGAGCAACUGCAGCAAUCUGGGAAUAAGCUUCUGGAGUACAAAUGUGAAACGGAGAUUCAUAUUGGAAAAUUAAUGAAACAUGCUGAGGAGCUUGAGCUGGAGAUCAAACAGAAGGAGGAGCAAGUGGUGACUCUUCAGAACUGUCUAGCCGCCACGGUGGGUCAACGCAUCCGUCAAUGUUUUGCCCAGAGUCAACCUUAUCAGCAUGCAACCUUUCGUCUGAUGCACUUUGUCGCCUACUGCAUGCUUCCCGGCACACCCCCGCCCCUGUUACCCAGCUCCACCUUCCCGAUUGCGGUUAAAAAACUACGAGGACUUUUCAACUCCAACGAUGUUGAGAGAUCAGAUACCGAACUAAAAAACGCUAUAGAAACCCGCAAAUAGUUUAUCCACUUACUCAAAUUUUAAGUAGAUCUUUGACAUUAUCUAAUUUUUUUAUAUUC